CUGGCCCCAUUGAAGAUCAUUUUCUAAAGCUAAGCUUUUCUUGGCCAUAAACACCAUUCCUACAAGAACAAGUGUAAACCUCCUUCACGAUUUGGGUUCAUAGAUCUCGGUUAAACUGUGUGAAAUGAUAUCGGGUUCAUCUUUCUUCCCUCAACUUGAAGCUAUGGCGGUAUCCCCUCUAUCUUCCUUCUCAAAUUUGAAACUAUGCAUCAGAGAAAGAACUAUCUCUUAUCCAUCACCAUUUCCAAAUUGGACACACUUCAACUCAUCCAAAUCCUCAGAGCUGGUUAAUGAAAAGCAGCUGAACAAGCCAUUUAAACGGUUGACAGUUUUCGCCGGCGCUAAGGAAAAAUAUGGAGAAGAAGAAGAAGAAUCAAAAGAAUCAAUACCCACUUGGGCAAAACCAGGUUCUGAAGAACCGCCUCCAUGGGCAAGGAAUGAAGGUGGGAAUGGGACGACGGCAAACCAGAAGAGCUUCGAAGCUCCUUUCAUUGUUUAUUUGCUUGCCUCUGCUAUCACUGCAAUUGCUGCUAUUGGUUCUGUAUUUGAAUAUGUUAAUCAGAAUCCAGUUUUCGGGGUAGUAGACUCAGAAAGUAUCUUUUAUGCUCCAUUGUUAGGAUUCUUCGCCUUAACUGGCAUACCCACUUCUGCAUUUUUGUGGUUUAAAUCUGUUCAAGUUGCCAAUAAGGAAGCUGAGGAACAAGAUAAAAGAGAUGGCUUUAACUAGAAUAACACUUGCAAUGAAGAAUCCUUCUUUAUUUUCAGUCUUGUUUACUCUUGACAUUAUUCUUCUUAAUUUGAUUUCUCUCUAUCUGUAAGAAGCUCUGAUAUACAUCAAUGGUAUUCACUUUCACCUGAUUCA